CAGUUGCUCAAAAAGACACGCCCCUCAAGGCUAGCAGCCGGCACGCGUCUUUCUUUAUAUACAGUCCGACGGCUUUAUCCCUUCAUUUGACGUCUGCCCUGAACAAGAUGCAUCUGACUCAGUCCCUGUUCGCCCUGUUCCUCUGCCUACCAGCCCUGCUGGGUUAUCGAGCUGUGUGGCAGUUCAGAGAGAUGAUCCUCUGCACCUCACCUGAGAGCUGGCCGGUGCUGGACUACACCGACUAUGGCUGCUACUGCGGCCUGGGCGGCUCUGGUGCACCUGUUGAUGACCUGGACAGAUGCUGUCAGGUGCACGACCAGUGCUACAGUGACGCCAUGCAGCACAGCGAGUGCUGGCCCAUUCUGGACAACCCCUACACUGAAAUAUACAGCUUCACCUGCGACAAGGACGCCAAGUCCAUCACCUGCCACAGCAACGAUACUUGUGAGGACUUCAUCUGUGAGUGUGACAGGAGAGCAGCCAUGUGUUUCGCCAAGGCGGGCUACAAUGAAGAAAAUGCCCAUCUUCCCAGUGACCGCUGCAAGUAAAGCAGGACCACGGAUGGGAUUAACUAUAUGUGUGUUGUUGUCUUAAACGAAUAAAGGAGAACAAAUGCCAUUGUUUUCCAAGCUAUUAUUUAUUAUACAUUAAAAGCCAAAAGAAAUA